UAAAUGUGUUAAUAUUAAUUAGGUUGAUAGAUGGAUACGUUUUGUUAAUAAAUCUCGCCUAACAGGAGUAGAGCUCUGUGAUGUAAUCGUAACCACAACCACGUGGUGCGUUACGAUACGAAAUAAGCGCCGCCUCUUCGUCACGUGGUGUUGCUUGUUGGUUGCUUGAAACGAGGCUCAGUACAUUUUCAUAGCAUCUAGUGUAGUUAGUCUUGUAUGUUGUAAAUAUGCUCAUGUCGUUAAUCAUGGAUUGAAGACGUCAGUGUGUUUAUCAUCCAGUUUUUGGACCAUGGGUCCACAACCCGAUGUCCACAACGUACAAAAAUACAUCGGUUCAUGCCUUAUAAGUCACGGACGGAAAGGUUGGACGGGUCUUCCGAUUUAUGCUGGUGUUUUAGGGAAACAGACACCACCGACCGAUGUUUCUCAGCCCUAUAGCAGAUUGGCUAUACACGCUCAAGGUGCCCCUCUAAUUGUCCCACCUGCGGAAUCGCCCGACGAUCGAGGAUUAUUUUAUCUCACCGGCAAUCAGCUGUACGUUUCAGCCAGUCCCCCGAAUCCCUAUAGUUGGCCCGAUAAGGUGAAUAUCGGAUCGGAAGAUUCUUCGACUACAUCAGACACGAGUUUACCCAGAGUGAUUAAACCGAGAAAAAGGAGGAGAAGAGGUAGAAAAACAGGAAGCAUCGUCACUUUACAACCAUAUCAACCAUUAUGUUAUCGAAAAUACGUCAAUGAAAAUUACUGUUCAUCCGAAGACGAUUGUGAUAGUAAUGACGGAAUCAAAACCGUUACACCUUCAGAACCACCUGAAAGACCAUGGGUAACAAUUAAUCCUCCAACAAGAACACGGCCAGCGUGUGUUUUUACUGUGAUGUGUUAUAAUGUCUUGUGUGAUAAAUAUGCCACAAGACAAAUGUAUGGCUAUUGUCCAAGUUGGGCUCUGUCUUGGGAAUACAGAAGGAAAGGAAUUAUGAAUGAAAUUCGGCAUUACUCUGCAGAUAUAAUAUCACUUCAAGAGGUAGAAACAGAACAGUUUUACAACUUCUUCUUACCUGAAUUAAGACGAGAAGGGUUUAGUGGAAUAUUUUCUCCAAAAUCCAGAGCCAAGACAAUGUCGGAAGGAGAAAGGAAACAUGUAGAUGGAUGUGCAAUUUUUUAUCGUGCUAGCAAGUUUACAUUAAUAAAAGAAUAUCUAGUUGAAUUCAAUCAACUUGCAAUGGCAAAUGCAGAAGGUUCUGAUGAUAUGCUAAACAGAGUUAUGACUAAAGAUAACAUUGGAUUAGCUGCAUUAUUUCAAAUUAAAGAAGGGGCAUAUUCAAAUGCAAAUCCAGUCCACAAAUCCAAAUUGAAUCAUGCACAACCAAUUCUAGCAUGUACAGCUCAUAUUCAUUGGGAUCCAGAAUUCUGUGAUGUUAAACUUAUCCAAACCAUGAUGCUAAUGCAUGAACUUUAUACUAUUGCUGAAGAAGCCAAUGCAGUAUUUUAUCCAAGUUCUCAGAAACACGAUGUCAACAACAUUCCUCUUCUUCUCUGUGGUGAUUUUAAUUCUCUACCAGAAUCAGGUGUUAUUGAGUUCCUAUCAACUGGUAGAGUUUCUGGCAGUCAUCCUGAUUUUAAAGAUUUUAGAUACAAAGAAAGUUUACGGAAAUUUAAUUAUUGUGAUGCAACAAAUGAAUAUACUCAUCCAUUUCGUAUCACAAGAACAUAUAAUGAUGGAGUGAUGCCAUACACUAAUUACACUUUUGACUUCAAGAGAAUUAUAGAUUAUGUAUUUUAUUCAAAACGACACAUUACUGAAUUGGGAGUAUUAGGUCCGUUGGAUGCCGAAUGGAUGAGAGAUAACAAGAUAGCCGGUUGUCCUCAUCCGCACAUUCCUUCCGAUCAUUUUCCACUUCUGGUGGAGCUUGAGCUAUCUUUGCCUACACCAUCCACCCUCAUAAUCCCAAAUGACCUUAUAUUACAAAGAUAGCAGUGUUAGAAAGAAGAAAUUGUUUAUAUUGUUUAUGGAUAAUAGUUGUCAUCACUGUGGUUUUAAUUCAUGAAAAGAAAUCUUUAUAAAUCAGGACAUAUUUUAAUCAUUUUAUGGCAAUCCCAGCAAGAAAAAUUAUCGUUUCACUGUUUGAAGGACAUCAGGAAUUUAAUCACUAUUUCAUCUUUCAAUCAGAUGAGCUGCAAAUCAAAAUAGUGUAGGCUCUGUAAUGAAGCUCAAAAAUUAUCUGCCAGCCAUACUUUGAAGAUCAUUUUAUUAUCCCAUAAAACAACUCACAAAUGUGAAUAUGAAAUCAAAUACUGCUUUAUGAUCUUUGGUAUACAAAGUAUACCAAAACUGUAAAGACAAAAAUAGCACAGUUUUUAUGGCAUUGUUCUUAUAAGAUACCUGACUGUUUUAUUAAUAUCCCAUUCCCAAAAUUGUGGUGACAGUUUAUAAAAAUUACCUGGGAUAACCUGACGUAAUUGGGGAUUUUUUUCAUUGUUUUUCUUUCCUAUUAUAACUUCUUAUA